AUGGAUUAUGAUGUCAGCAUAUGUCCAAAAUACCAGGAGAUCAUGCUUGUCAAUACGAAUGAUUCACUUAGGGGAAUUAUGAAGUGCGCUCUGCAGCAGCAGCUUCGGAUAGGUGACUAUCCCUGGAGCUCUACUCUUGCAGAGCGUACCCUUGGAGCAGUCUCCAGCUUUCUUGCUGUUGGUGCACAUUUGCAAGUGUGUCCACCUUCCUCUGUGAUCAAGUCCGUUGCAAGUCAGAACUUGCAUCCUCUAUCCCGAUCUUUCCAGCAGCGAGAAUUCAAAGCCAGAAAGAAUGGAGAUUGGAAGCAGCAGCGAGAGCCACAGAGCCCCAGUGGAAGUUGCAAGAACUAUGAUCUUGAUCAUAGCUGUCAGUACAACGCUGUUCAUGGUCACGGACUAUGCCACGAUGGCAGCCAGAUUUUGUUACAGAGUGUAUUCAGGUGGUGAAUUCUAGAAUCAGACGACAUUUAGGUUGGCUUCACCAGUUGAGUACAUUUGCCGAUACCAAGCACCAUGAGAGACAAUAUCCCAAGGUUCAACUUAUUGAAGGGUUCACAAUGUUUCAAGCUCAUUAGAAGCAGAAAGGCCCCCGGUCGGUAUAAAGGAUGCACAUUGCAUCUCAAAUGUACAAAUUCUUCAAGAUUUAUUCAUUUUUCUAGAGUAGACAUCUUGGCGAUCAUGUAAAGAUGUCAAGAACGCAAUAAAAGCUUACUUUGCAAAU